AUGAUUGCUCCCCGUUCAUCUUCUCUCCGCGCUGUCCGCGCUCUUUCUCAACAGCCCGUGGCAUCUGCUGCUCGCCGUAGCCUUCACAUCACCGGAGUCCAGGCCGCUCAACCCGUCAACCCCGGCGAGAAGGCCCUCUCCAACCAUGAUGUCCUCCAAUCCCGCGCCUUCAGCAUCGCCAUGCGCCGAAUCAACGGCAAUGCAUUCUCAGACCCUUCUUCCCGCCAAUUCAACACCUCCCGCGCCUCAAAAGCCACACACGACAACUCAACCGUCGACUUCGUCUACAUGCCCAGCAUGGCAGAGCUCGAUGCCGCCCCUCUGCAGCGCCCCAUCCAAGUCCCGGUCCUUUCCGGGCCCUCCACAAGGCUCCAAACGCCUAGCCCCCCAUCCAUGAAGCCCCAGAUCUACACCGUGUCCGGCGGCGCCGGCCCCGACGUCCAGGCCAGCGCGAUGAGCGAGGUCGUCGAUAACCACGCCGUCGACUUUGACCCGUUCUCGCUGACCGAGGCCGUCGGCCGCUCGCGUGCCGGUGAGGAGCUCCAGCGCAAAGAAAAUGGUACUUCUGAGCCCGGUGUCAUACGUGAGCUUUGGGCUGGCUUCGUUGAUGAUGUUCUGGGGCCCAAGCAGAGUGUCAGGAAGUAG